AAUAGAUGACAUAGAGGACAAUAGUGUUUUACGAAGAGGUAUUCCUGUGGCACAUAGUAUAUACGGAGUUGCGUCAACCAUCAACUCGGCUAAUUAUGUUUAUUUUCUUGGCCUAGAGAAAGUUCUGGCCCUGAAUCAUCCAAAGGCGACUACAGUGUUUUGUGAGCAGCUGUUGGAGCUCCAUCGAGGGCAGGGAAUGGAGAUCUAUUGGAGGGAUUCAUUUACUUGUCCAUCGGAGGAAGAAUACAGACAAAUGACCAUACGAAAAACGGGUGGAUUAUUUGGCUUAGCUAUUCGAUUAAUGCAACUUUUCAGUCAAGUCCAAGAUGACUUUUCAAGAAUCACAGGAAUUUUGGGACUGUACUUUCAGAUUCGUGAUGACUAUGCAAAUCUUUGCAUGAAAGAGUACAGUGACAGUAAGAGUUACUGUGAGGAUUUGACAGAAGGCAAAUUCAGUUUUCCAGUCAUCCAUGCCAUUAAAACCCACCCUGAUGACCAGCAAGUUAUUAACAUCAUCCGCCAGAGACCCAAAGACCUGGAGGUGAAACGAUAUUGCGUGUCCCUUCUAGAGAAGUUUGGUUCCCUCGAGCACACCAAAGAAACCAUGAAAAAACUGGAGGCUGAAGCACGAGAGGAGAUUGUCAGGCUAGGGGGCAACCCCCACUUGGAGAGAGUGCUGGAUGAACUCCGGAAUUGGGAGAGCCUUUAAAGGCAGGAGGACAUUUCUCACAAGCUUAUUUAUUAUUAUACUAGAUUUUUUUUUCCUUUUUUUCAGGGUCUUUUUUGUGUUAAGAUAGUUUUGUACUACUUAUAUGUAAGAAAAGAAAUCAGUAGCCACUGUCAGCUUUUAUCUCUUUUUUUUAUUCAUGGAGUGCACAAUGUUUAAUGAAUUAAGCAAGGUGUGUGAUUAAUAUAGGUAGAUUCUAUAUUGAAAAUAUAUUUCUUUCAAUGAAAGAAAACCUUUGAAUAUUGAACCCUAUAUUUACUGGUUUGAUCCUCUAAGUAACGAGUACCUCACUUUCAUUAUGAUGGUGGAACAGUAAGUUACCAUUUGGAAGCCUUGGUUCCCCUGGGUAAUUGACUAAUUGGGUCCAUACUGUGAAAUGAAGUCUUUUUUUUUUAGAUUGAAAGUUAAAGGUAUUAAACAUGGUUUUCUUUUAUAGAAUAUUGACUUCAAAUAUUUAUGAAGAUGUUCCUGAUAAUGGUAUAAAACAUAGCUUCACUUGAUUACAUGCUAAAUGGAAAAUUGUUUCAAAUGAAUGGUUCCAACCAUUCAUUCAAAUGGAAUAAUUGCUUUAAAUAUUGUCAUAUCACUCUCAGUAUAAACAUUUAUCAAGAUGUUUCUAGUGUCCCUCUUUCUGUAGUUAUGCUUGCUGUGCCUCUCUUCACUCAGUAUUGAAAUAGGAAUUUUACUAAUGAUAAGUAGAGUAGUAGCAGUAAAAAGCAACAGUAAAAUGCAGAUUAGGUUUGCAGCAACUGUAGAAUUAGAAAUGCUAUAAUAUUAAAUUCUUAGAAGAAAUGGUCAUUAGAUUUUUAAAUUCAACUACUUCAUUAAUUAUGCAUUGCACAAAUUUUAGAUUUAAUUCUUUCCUUCCAAAGACAACACACAAGGUCAAUAAUACAUAGUAUAGAAAGAGUUAAAGAUAUAGAUUUGAGCACAUGAGCAGGCUAUUCUACUUAUUCAUCUCUAGUUUACUGAACACUUAAAAAGCAAUGCAACCUUGAACUAUAUUAUGACUAGCUUGCAUGCAUUACUUUUCUCCAGAUAUGUGAAAAAUAAAAGUGCACAGAAUUUAUUAAUUUUCCUGUCUAGCCUUCAGAUAAUUAUGCCUUUCAAUCCAGCUUGGUCUGUCCAAAGAAUCUAUGAAAGCAGAAUAGUUCUUUGAUGACCUAGAGAUGGAAUGGAGAAGGAAACGGUCUUCCAGAAAAUAAAUGAAAAAUGAAUGUUUUUCCAGAAUAUAUUUUCCAUCCAUUAGAGUAAGAAGUAGACAGGGAAUUUGUUUGUUUUAUUCUAAAAUCAGUGCUUCUAGGUUAACACACUUGGCUGUUCACAUCAGUGAUUUUUGUAAAUUAUAUUUGGUUUGACUGUUACAUCUUGAGAUAACAGGUGAAACAAAAUGAAAAAGAGCAACUGAAAUUAAACUCUUUUCUUACUGAUUGAUACAUGAAGAUUGAUUUUGUUGUAUUAUCCUUUCUAUCUAAUAUAUUGAAGGUUUAGUGAAAAUCAGUCAUAUAUAACAAUUUUAUAGACAGAAAAGAAUCAACUGAACAUUACACUGGUUUGAUUUUAUUAAGGGCUGAUUAUAUGAUAUUGGCAGUUCAUAACUCUGAUGGAAUAACAUAUAGGCUUUAUAGAAUGCUAGUCCUUAUAGAAGGAUUAUAAAAACUAUAGUUUUUAGCAUAUUACAGUAUAACAGAGUAAUAGAGUCCAGUAGAUUUUAGAUAUAGAAAACUUUUCCUCUACUUCAUCUUACUGCUUGUUACAAUUUUUUUUUUGAAGAAUGAAAUGUAAUUGAUUAUAGGAGGAGAAUCAUAUGGUAAAUUAGAGUGGAACCCAAAAGUCCUAGAUAUAUUACCUAUAGAUAUCCUUUACUAUGUUGUAUGCAAUGGUUUUACAAUUAUUUUCUUUCAAUAUCUUUAUUGGAUAUAUUACAUCCAUUAUGUGUGUUCUUUGUCUCAGUUCAAACUGAUCUGUAGCAUAAUUAAAGAGCAAAUGCUAUGAUGAAUAGAUGUAAAUUUUUAUUAAAAGGUUUUGCAUUGUGCUGUACUUUACACAGUUCUAAAUCGUCAAUAGAAUUGCAAAUGACAAUAAAAAAGUAUGUAAUGUAGAUAUCAGUACAUAAGGUAUGCAGUUUUGUUAUUUCACUUCUCCAAAACUUAUUGACAGAUUGUUGACAAGAUGAGUUUUCUGGGAAAUUGAUGCUAUUGUAAAUUUAUUUAUUUAGUAGAAUUUUGAAAUAGAAGAUAAAAUGAGUUUGAAAUUUUUGUAAUAUAAAUAAGUUGCAUCAUGAUUUUGAAUGAUUAGGUUUAUCUUUUGUCUAUCAUACCUGGUUAUCAAAUAUAUACAGUACAUAUCAAGAGUUACAAUCAAUAUUCCUUUCCACAUGCUCAAUCCCUGCAGUGCAAUGAUCUGUGAAUUGUUCUUGGUGAAGAUAUUAUGCUGCAUCCACAUGAUUAAAUAUUUCUUAUGGGCAUGAGAGGUAAAGCUCUUCAGUGGGCAACUUUGAUUAGCAAACCAGUGGAAUGCCCAUGCCUGAGUUGAGCACAAUUGCCAGCAAUGGAUGUACUGCACUCAAGCAUCUACUGGUCAUACUGGCUAUGUGUCUGGCUACUCAUGGACUUGGCUAUAUGGACAGCAAUUAGGCAUGUUCGACAAUUUGCCCAGCGAAGGUGCUGCUUUCUGGGCAAGUCUGAUCAUGUGGAUAAGGUUUAACUUACUUGUACAUUUUUAGUGCCAGGACAUGUAAUUCUUUACCUAUUUAACUGUAGCUGUAGGUAUCGUUGUCCACUACUUUAUUUUCAGAUACUUUGUCACUGGAAAGAUUUGCAUUGUCUGAUUUAUCUGUUAUUUAUUAUAAUUUUAAGAUACUUUUCAUUUCUGUAAUUUGUCCAGAUAUAUUAAGGUAUUGUUUGUGUGUGAUGCUGAUCAACUUGCUGUUUGCAUUACAACGAGAACUAAUACUAUCCUUGCUUUAUUUGUGGCAGUCUAGCUGGAAGGAUCAAUUAUUGUACCCUGGUAACCUGGUAGCAGUCAACAGUAAAAUGCAUAGUAAACAGUUGUAUGCAUUAUUAGAAUGCCCAAAUUUAAUGGAAUCAGUGGCAAAUCCCUGAUAAAGCCAUGGCUGACUUUGAGUUUUAUACAAUAAAUGCUGCAGCUUAUUAUUAGUAAAUGACCUUUACCCACAAUAGUCCUACCUCCAGCUGAAUCAUUCUAAGGUAAUUACGAAGUAUCAGUGUUUUCUUUGUACAUUAUGUAUUUGCAGUGUUUUAUUUUUAAUGCUGUAUUUAAAGAUUAUGCAACUGUUUGCUAUAUGUCUCACAAUUUUGGACAGUGUGUUGACUUCUCAGAUGGCCAAGGCAUGAUAAAUUAACAUUCAGAUUCAUGUGGCUUGACUAUAACUUUUAAUGCAAUAAGAACAAAAUAACAAAAUAAAUAACACUAAGAUCAUAUUUAAGUGAACAAUACACAUUAGUAGAACAAAAUCAGAAAUAGAGCAUGAAAACACCAACAAUAAGGCAGUAUUGAUACAGCAACGCCGGAACACCAAAACAACCACAGCAAGAGUAAAGGAAUAGUUGACAGCAUCAGUUGCGUGUAUCAUGGAUUGCAUGAUAUUUAAUUGAUUAGAAAAACAAUCGUGGAUACAAAGGGCAUGAUGGUAAAAAUCCUAUGUUCAUUUCUGCCAAUAAAUAUUUAAUCUUGCAAGUUCAGAUGUAGAGUAGUUAUUUUGUGUUUACUGAUCACAUUCCAGAUGAUUUUAACAGGGAUUAUUAACAGUAUUGAGUGUAGUUUAGUUAAUGUUAUAACUGUGUUUAUCUGACGUUACGGUAUUGAUUGUGGUUAUAUUACAAGAUCUGACAUUAUGAAUGAUCUAACAGUCAGUAAAUAGUACAGGUUUUUCCUUUAUUAUGUGACUACUAUAUAAGGACAUUGGAGGUGUCUCCAGAAGGUGAAUUUAAGUAAUUAAUUUCUAGGGCUUGGAUAAUGGUACUUAUUCUCUGCAGAUUAAUGAGAUUUCAAGAAGGAGGGAAAAAAUAGCAGAUCUAUAUAUUUUUUUCAUGUUAGUGUCAUAAUUUAUAGAGUAUCUUAACUAUAAAAGUCAUUGUCACUGCUCUACUUUUUCUCUCUUGCUUUAGAAAAUAGACUUUGAUGAUCUCACUGACUGCUGUGAUUCUUUUUUUAUUUGAUAAUAUAAUUUUGAUUUUAUUAAUUGCUAUAGUAAUAUGUCAUUAGCUGCAUCAAUAACUUAACGAUAAUCGUAAUUUAGAAUCUCGUGCACAAAGUGGUGUUUUGUUUAUAUCAAGGGUGAUUUAUUUUAUUUUGUUUUAUUAUAAUUUUCUUUUCAAUUUUUUUUUUUCUUUUUUGUUUUGUUUUUGGGUCUCCCAUUAUGUGGUACUUAAACUGUAAUGCUAUUAUGAAGUGUUUAGCGGUUGUAAGAAAAUGAAUAGUAGUGAAUGUUUUAGAAUGAAUGUAAAUGUCAUUAAAUUUCAUUUGUGAUUUUUUUUGUGGGGACUUAUAAUUAUAUAUUCUCUUGAAUAAGAGAAGAAAAACAAUUGGAAAAUAUUGUUUUUGGAUGUUCUUUGCUCACCAGAAUAUGUUUUAAUGUGAUGAUGAAGUUUGUACACUUAGUAAAAGGUCAUAUAGAAUCUAACAGCAAAGUAUAUGACUAGCUCAGAAUAACAAUUGCUGUCAAGGUUAAGUAGCUGCUGUAUCAAAAUGCAAGAACUUAUUUGAUGUAAUUGAAAACUGCAUUUUUUUUUUCAUAGUAAUGUGUUUUUCAUAAUUUUUAUUUAAUCAUUUCUUUUGUGCUUUGAUAAUCUUGUAAAGAGGUUCAUGGUUCCCAUGACACUGCAAUUUCAGGUAUAUUCUCUUAGUUUAGUAAUGUGUUUUUGUACUCGUGGAAGCGACAGUAGCCUAAUGGAUCUAUGCUUAUUUAGAUUAACAUUAAAAACUCGUGGGUACUUUGGAAGAUAUGAAAAUGUUCUCAAUUGGUGCAAUUAGUUUGAAAUAUUUAUUUGAUAUUUAAUGCCAAGUGUCUUGAAUUUCAAACUUUAAGUUUAGUGGUAGCUAAUAUUUAUAUAUGUCUGUGUGAUAAUCAGCUAUCUUCUGAAGAUAAAAAAUAAAGACAUUUUACACA